CGCCCAUAGAGAGCGCCACACUUGAAUCCCCACGCCGGAACGUUAACUCGACCGUACCGACAUUGCAGCCUUCUGUACAGUACAGACUGCUCAAGCAACCGUCGCCAUGGGCGCCGUUCUGCCGUACCGCGACAUCAACGUGCACUCAUCCCCCUCGCACUACGCCUUCUCCUCCCCGUCUUCGCCCACUGCACCGACAUUAGUUGUAGACCGACCUUCAGGUGAUAUUCGCUUGCACGAUGGCAAGCUUCUGGGAUCGAAACGGGUGUCUAGCGUUGCUGGUAUCCUUGGUACCAUCAAGUUGCGACUGGACAAGUACAUUAUCGUGAUCACCAAGGCCCAGCCUAUGGGCAGGAUAAAGGGCCACAUGAUCUACAAGGUCGUUGCUACUGAAUUCCUGCCGCUACGCGAACGACCGCUGCACGACCCUGACGAGGACAACUACCUGUCUCUGCUUAAGACGCUGAUCAAGACAUCGCCAUUGUUCUUCUCCUAUUCCUUCGACAUCACCAACAGCUUUCAGCGACAAGCUCACCUCGACCCCUCGACACCGCUAUGGAAGCGCGCAGACGACCGCUUCUUCUGGAACCGCUUCGUAUCUAGCGACCUGAUCGACUUUCGUGGAGGAUUGAGCACUGGCUAUGGAAGGCACUCGAGCGGUCAGUCGCCGGACGUCGACCCCUACAUCUUGCCCGUCAUGUACGGCAUGAUGGAGAUCAAGAACACCUCGAUCAAGGGCACACCACUCACCUUCAUCCUCAUCACACGAAGGUCGCGACUCAAGGCAGGAACACGAUACUUCUCGCGUGGUAUCGACGAGAACGGCAACGUGUCCAACUUCAACGAGACAGAGCAGGCCAUCAUCCUCAACGACAGCGCGUCAGGUGGACCUGGAGGCUUUGGGUCGAACCAAAACGGCACAGCUGGCGCGCUCCCUGGCAAAGAGACGCAGGUCCUUGCAUACGUCCAGACUCGAGGCAGUGUGCCUGUUUACUGGGCUGAGAUUAACACCCUGAAGUACACGCCGAAGUUGCAAGUUCGCGGCGUUGAGUCUGCGAUUCCUGCUGCGAAGAAGCAUUUCGCUGAGCAGAUCAGGCUGUACGGCGACAACUGGAUGGUCAACCUGGUGAAUCAGAAGGGCCGCGAGCAGCGAGUCAAGGAGGCAUACGAGGAGAUGGUCAACUUCUUGUUGACCUCACCAAACGAGAACGUGGAAGGUGACAGGAUCACUGAUGAGAAGUUCCACAUUGUCGAGCCUGCAAAUGCCCAGACGAUCUGGGACCGCCUUCACUACAUCUACUUCGACUUCCACAGCGAGACCAAGGGUCUGCGCUGGGACCGAGCGAAGCUGUUGAUGGAUCAGCUGGAGCCACACGUGUUGAAGCACGGCUACUUCCGGGCUGUCGACAUGCCUGGAGAUGGCAGCCGUGUUGAGGUCAGGCGCCACCAGACUGCUGUUGUUCGCACGAACUGCAUGGACUGCCUUGACCGUACGAACGUUGUGCAGAGCAUGAUCGGACGGUACAUUUUGUCGCGCAUGCUCAUCGACCUUGGCCUGAUGCGCGAAGGCGAGAGUGCAGAAGAGGACAAGGCUUUUGAGUUCCUGUUCCGCAAUGUUUGGGCCGACAACGCAGAUGUCGUCUCCAAGUCUUACUCCGGCACUGGAGCGCUCAAAACUGAUUUCACGCGUCUUGGUGUUCGAACCAAGGGCGGUGCGCUCCAGGAUCUCAACAACUCCAUUACACGAUACUGUCUUAACAACUUCAGUGACGGACCGAGGCAGGACGCUUUCGAUCUGUUCUUGGGCAACUACCUGCCUAGCGACUCUGCUAUUGGUGGUCAGCUUCUGUUCGCCGACCGAAGACCCAUCUUCAUUCAGUCGAUACCCUAUAUCCUCGCUGCAAGCAUCUUCUUCAUCUUCGUUGGCAGCUUCACUCGACGAGCGCCUGACGCAGCUGUUUGGCCGCUGCGUCUUCUCCUUGUUCUCAGUCUUGCGACCGCAGGCGCUUGCUUGAACUUCAUGUGGACUAAUGGUACUCUAUAUGUCAACUGGCCCAAACUCAAUCGCCUACCACACCAGAUCGAAGCCUACCAAUCAAGCCUAACCAAGGUCUCGCACAACCCGGUCGUCGGCUCGCUGGUGGGCACAAAGCACGAGCGAGGCAAGAGCGAUGCCAGGCUGCUGGGCUUGGAGGAGGGCAAGAAGAGGGUUGAGUAGAUUAAACUGUCCUUUGUUCGAAAAGCGUUUUUAGAUUCGCGGUGAUGCAUCAGUAGAUCUGGCAUAGUAUAAAACACGUAGAUGGGCUGUUAGAGCUUGUAAUAGACGAAUUCCGCAU